GGCCUGAGGAGAGAGUUCCGGGUACUGUUUAAGCCCUAUUAAACAUUCUCUGGUAAACUGUUAGCAAUGGUUAGCUAGCUAGCUUCACAUGCUUCGAGGGAUUUUGACUUCACACAAGACAAGUACGUAGGCACAUUAAUGAUCGACUCUGCGGAGGAGGUUAUGAGUGCUGUCGCAGGGGAGCGUUGUUCCAUUGACCCUUGCAGCAAGAACAGAGAAAAUGAGAAGAAGAAGAGGUCUCGAGUGAAACAGCUCCUUUCAGAUAUAAAGAAACAAGUUGAAUUCUGGUUUGGGGAUGUAAACCUGCACAAGGACCGGUUUCUAAAACAGCUGAUUGAAGAUUCAAGAGAUGGAUAUGUAGAUUUAUCAGUGUUAACCACCUUCAACCGAAUGAAGAAGAUGUCAACUGACUGCAAGCUGAUUGCAAGGGCGCUGAAAAACUCAUCAUUAGUUGAGGUUAACCUGGAGGGAACGAAAGUUCGAAGACAGGAUCCACUGGGAGAUGAUCCAAAAGAUGUUGACACUCGCACAGUCUAUGUGGAACUUCUGCCCAAGGAUGUCAAACAUGGCUGGAUAGAGCGGGUCUUCAGCAAAUGUGGGAAUGUGGUUUAUGUCAGCAUCCCAAAAUACAAGACCUCUGGACAGUCGAAAGGUUUUGCUUUUGUCGAGUUUGAAACAGAAGAGCAAGCACAGAAGGCUAUAGAGAUGCUAAAUAAUCCUCCUGAAGAUGCUCCCAGGAAACCUGGAAUCUUUCCCAAAACCAAGAAUGGAAAGCAAAUCCCCCUUGAACACACUGAAAAUGUCACACAAGGUGAAGCAGAGCAAACAAAUAAGUUGUCUGUGUUUAGUGCUAAGGUUGAAGCAAAGACAUCAGUUAAGGUCAAUGAACAGGAAAUGGUGACUAGUGGGAAGAUGACAGAGAUGAUAAAUGAUGAGGAAAUGGCCAGCAGACAAAGGCUCCCUGCACAAAUUAUGGAAAAAAAGAGACGGCGCUCGCAAUCAUCAGGAAGUUUGGAGAGCCAAGUCCAGGACGACCUGCCAUCAAAGAUCAGGAGGACAAUGAAAGAGGAGUCUCAGUGGGAAAGAGAGGAGUUAGACGAGAAGGAUAUGGUAGUCAAAAGUGAUAAAGAGGAAAAGAGGGAAGACUCUCUGUUAAAAACCAAAAGGAAAAGGAAAAAUAAAAAUAAGGAGAGACUGAAGAUGGGAGAUGAGGUAGCACCGCUCAGAGUUAUUUCCAAGCAUGACUGGCUUUCACUUAAGCAGGAGUAUCUGACCUUGCAAAAACAGAGUAUGUCAACAUUAAAGAAAUGCAUGACCGAGAUCCACCAGAGGGGGGGUCGACAACAAAUGGAGGCAAACAGCGUUCUCCAGAAGGAUCAGACAUUUGAUGAGAGUGAAAAAGCUGUUAAGGACAAACCAAAGGGGCCUCUCUUCGAGUCUGGAGUCAUUGUGAAGAUAACACACACAAUGCCUUUACCUGGGAGAAAGUGUAUAAAGGAGGUACUCUCAGAAGUUUCACCUGUGGUUUAUGUGGAUAUCGUGGAGGGAGAUGCUGAGGGUCAUGUCCGCUUCAAGUCUCCAGAAGAUGCCAAGGCUAUAAUCAACGCAAAUGCAGAGCUCCAAAAAAAGCACAACUGGCAACUGGCAAUCCUUUCUGGGGACCAUGAACAAAGAUACUGGCAGAAAAUCUUGGUGGACCGCCAAGUCAAGUUGAACAGACCAAGGGAAAAGAAAAGGGGCACAGAGAAGCUGAUUUCCAAAGCAGAGAAGAUAAUCAUUGCCAGGGCUAAGGAGGCUAGUAAGCACAUACGCUUCCUGGAGGAUUGAUAGUGGCAUGAUAAUUGGCUAUGGGGAUCUACAUGUAUUUUCUUCUGCAUUUGGCACUCAUUUAGUUGAUUGGUUGAUAGCCUUGUUUAAAAAAAUUUUUUAAUCCAAGACAGUUCCCCUAAAGUAGGUUGGCUAAUAAUGUUGUUUAAUAAGCGUUGUUGUGUAGAUGCAAUUAUAGAUGGAACAUAAACAAAUUCAUACCAUCAUCUUGUGGAAUAUGUGCCAUGUGCACAAAAGGUGAAUUUGAAUACAUUUACAUGCCGCUGUUAAUUCUUCAUUACAUUUUAGACAUUUUUUCUUGAACAUCAUGAAAUAAAGAUUUAAUUUGG